AUCAUUCUUAUGCGUCAGUCAUAGUAAAAUUUUUAUUUGUUUCUUGUUCUUUUGGUAUUCUGCGCAUAUAAUUAGAAAUGAACACGCAUUUUGCAAUCGGCGAGAAACUGCGAAUCGACCUCUUCGAUUCGGCGGACGAUCACUUUGUGACUGGCCUGUUCGUAACGUACAACAGCAAUCGGACGCGCAUCACCCUAGACGAAGCGACCUACCAUCCUUCAGGCUCUCGCCUGCCCAACGAGGCGCACUUCUUCGCCGGCGAAAUCAAGUCCGUAGUCAGCGUCGACAAGUCGAGUGAGAAUUUGCCAGUGGCGAUCGACAAAGACGUCGGACGCAGCCUGGCCUCCUGCAAAGGACCCAGCCACCCUCACCUCACCCACAUGUUCCAACAGCCGGAAAUCGGACAACCAAACCCUGAUCGUAAAAUGAGACCCGAAUUUGAAAGAAUUCGCAAUAAAUUUGAGGACUACAAGGUCAUUGACAAGAAGGACGAGGAAUUUGAGCAAGCAAUUGCCAGAAUUGAGAAUUGCUCCGAGGUUGGUGUAUCCUUUGAAGGUGAGCUGCUGGGUCGCUCAGGUCGGCUGUGUUGGAUCAACUUCUCGGAUGGAACGACCUCUUUCCUCUUUGACAUCAUUGCUCUGGGUCUGGACGAGGCCCUUGUUCGCAUCCUGACCUGCGAGUCUUUGCUGAAAAUCAUGCACGACUCUCGUCUCGCUGCAGACUGUCUGGUCCACAAUCACCAACUCAAUCUCGUCAACACCAUUGACACUCAGGUGUUUGACUUGAUGAUCUUGAGGGCGAGGAGGGACAACUGUCCCAGCUACGCGACCUCCCUGACCGAUUGUCUCAAAAGGUAUCUCAGACUGCCAGAGGCUGUUCUGCUCAUGCCAUCCACAAAUGAGGAACGCAUCAGGGAUGAGACAGCCAAGUGGGCUAGAAGGCCUUUGGCCGAAUCAGAGUUGGACAUGGCAGUGCAAAAUGUCACUUUCCUGAGAGAAUUGCAUGCCGAGAUGCACAAAUCCUACAUGGAACCAGUGAGGAUUGGAUCCAACUUUUACCUCAACCAUGUCGUUUCAAUGACUGACAAAGAUGCUAGGAAGUACAAUGCAUUGGAUCAUUUGACUCCAAGGCAGCUUUACUGGAUUUGCAGGAACAGAAGUGCGCCUGUCAACACCACCACUGAGGACAAAUCUGCAGAUUGAUUUUUGAUUGAAUAUCUCUAUCCAUAGAUCUGUCUUUUCAUAUAACUUUUCAGAUACACAAUGCUUUUUGUAAACGGCUUUUUUACAAAAAUGUGGUAUAGAAUAUGGAGGAGAUUUUUCUAAAAAAUUAAAUUCCUUCAAAAAAUUU